AACCACAGAAUAUUCGAAAUCCGCGACGUCAAAAGUUGCCAGAAGCAAGAAGAUGGCAAAUGCAUGGAAUUAUAGGGAUGUGAUGUCCUCGCAGAAUCAACAUCCUCAAUGGCGAGCUGUCCGACGGGCGGAAUUGAUCGGAUCAAGGAAGAGUAGAGUAACGACGCUGGGAUUGUUAGUGAUUUGCGCCUGGAGCACCAAGCCGAUGAGGCAGGUCUCUGCUCAAAAUGGCUGAUAGUCAGGUGUGAUAUCGGAUUUAGACUAACGCAAGAACUCUUCUCCCUCUCUCCAUGGGAACACCCCAGACCCUACAAAUUCCUCUCAAGAAGCCAUUCGAAGUUACAAAAUGCCAUUUGAGAGAUUCCUAUCACUAUUUGCAGAGGACUGGCUCCGGAGGCACGAGGCUGCUAUCCCAAGAGAGACUAACGCAAGCAUCAGCUACCACAUCAACGCCAUCAUCAGGAACAGCCGAGUCUCGAACCCUCGAAAAGAUGCGCCCGUGAAUAUCAGAUCCGCUAGCGCAUCUCGAUCCAACUAACUCUUGCGGAGUUAUGAGAUGGCUGCGGCUGUAUGGGCGGGUUUCUAUGGAACCUGAUCCUUCUUCCAGCUUCCAGCUAACUAGGCCUAAGCCACGAGGGCGUGCUUGAGCUGCGUUGGGAUAUGACGAUUUGCAGACUGAUCAAGUGAAAUGGGUGGGCGUAAUGUCGCGAUAAAAUCGUCUGGAUACACUUGACAUUGCCCUUUGACUUUUCUUACACUCCUCAAAAUGUAUUUCCUCA